CGCCGCGUUCUCUCUCUCUCCCUCUGAAACUCUUGCUUUCUUCGAUUUUCUUUCAAGACAAUUGAUAAUCCCAUUUGUUCCGGAAACCCUAAUUUAUCGGGCUUUGUGUAGUUGCACAGUCGAAGAUGGGGAUUUUCGAACCGUAUAGAGCAAUUGGAUACAUAACGAGCACCGUUCCUUUCUCCGUUCAGCGAUUGGGCACGGAGACCUUCGUCACCGUCAGCGUCGGCAAAGCUUUCCAGAUAUAUAACUGUGCCAGGCUAAAUCUAGUCAUUAUCAGUCCUCAGCUUCCAAAGAAAAUCAGAGCUCUUGCUUCUUUCCGUGACUACACAUUUGCUGCUUUUGGAAAUGAAAUCGCAGUUUUUAAACGCGCUCAUCAGGUAGCAACUUGGAGCAAGCAUGUUGCUAAAGUUGAAUUGCUUCUGUUAUUUGGAGAACACGUCCUAAGUCUUGACGUAGAGGGGAAUAUGUUCAUAUGGGCGUUCAAAGGAAUCGAAGAACAUCUAGCUCCAAUUGGACAUGUUCAGCUUUCUGGAAAGUUUACUCCGAGUUGUAUUGUUCACCCAGACACUUAUUUGAACAAGGUUCUUAUAGGGAGCCAAGAGGGUCCACUGCAGCUAUGGAACAUAAAUACUAAGAAGAUGCUCUAUGAGUUUAAGGGCUGGGGUUCACCUGUUUGCAGUUGUGUUUCAUCCCCUGCCCUGGAUGUUGUUGCAAUUGGUUGUGCUGAUGGAAAGAUCCAUGUGCAUAACAUAAAAUUGGACGAAGAGAUCGUAACAUUUGAACACGCCUCACGAGGUGCCGUUACCUCUUUGUCUUUCAGUACAGAUGGGCGUCCCCUGCUUGCUUCUGGAGGUUCUUUUGGUGUGAUAAGCAUCUGGAAUCUUAACAAAAAAAGGCUUCAGUCGGUCAUUAGAGAUGCACAUGACAGUUCUAUAAUCUCAUUGAACUUUUUAGCAAAUGAACCUGUGCUAAUAAGUGCAUCAGCAGAUAAUUCACUCAAAAUGUGGAUUUUUGACACAAACGAUGGUGAUCCUCGUCUAUUACGCUUCCGCUCUGGGCAUAGUGCCCCUCCCCUGUGUAUCAGGUUCUACUCAAAUGGACGACACAUUUUGUCUGCUGGCCAGGAUCGUGCCUUCCGUCUGUUCUCUGUCAUCCAGGAGCAACAAAGUAGAGAGCUUUCUCAAAGACACAUAUCGAGACGAGCCAAGAAACUCCGAUUGAAGGAGGAAGAGCUGAAAUUGAAGCCUGUUAUUGCAUUUGAUUGCGCUGAAAUUAGGGAGCGCGAUUGGUGCAAUGUGGUUACGUGCCAUAUGGAUACAGCAGAAGCAUAUGUAUGGAGACUUCAGAACUUUGUUCUUGGAGAACAUAUCCUUAAACCAUGCGCUGAGAAUCCAACACCAAUUAAGGCUUGUGCAAUCAGUGCGUGUGGAAACUUUGCAGUAGUCGGAACUGCGAGUGGCUGGAUUGAGAGAUUCAACCUCCAAUCUGGAAUCAGCCGGGGUAGCUACUUGGAUAAGUCAGAGAAAAGAAGUUACUCUCAUGAUGGGGAAGUGAUUGGAGUUGCUUGUGACUCCACAAACACACUCAUGAUAAGUGCAGGAUACCUUGGUGAUGUAAAGGUUUGGGAUUUCAAAAAGCGGGAACUAAAGUCCCGGCUGGAUGUUGGGUGUUCAUUGGUUAAAAUUGUCUACCACCGUGUGAAUGGUCUUUUGGCUACGGUGGCAAACGAUUUUGUGAUCCGCUUGUAUGAUGUUGUGGUCCUGAAGAUGGUUCGUGAAUUUAGAGGUCAUACAGACCGUGUAACGGAUUUGUGCUUUAGUGAGGAUGGCAAGUGGCUGCUCUCAUCUAGCAUGGAUGGAAGUCUUAGAAUCUGGGAUGUCAUACUAGCAAAACAGAUUGAUGGAGUGCAUGUCGAUGUGCCAAUCACAGCAUUGUCUUUAUCACCAAAUAUGGACAUUUUGGCAACAGCCCAUUCUGAUCAGAACGGGGUCUACUUGUGGGUUAAUCAAUCCAUGUUCUCGAGUGCUCCAAAUGUCAGUUCCUAUGCUAGUGGAAAAGAUGUCGUAAAUGUUAGAUUGCCUUCAGUCUCUGCGUUGAAAUCUUCUGAAGCUGAUGAUGAUAUGGAGACGCAAGUUUCAGAAAAUCCUGGAAGCCAAAAUGCUGUCAGUUUCUCGAUUCCCCCUAAACAGAUCCCGGAACUUGUUACUCUGUCUCUAUUGCCAAAAAGCCAAUGGCAAAGCUUGAUCAACUUGGAUAUAAUAAAGGCCCGGAAUAAACCAAUAGAGCCUCCCAAAAAACCUGAAAAGGCUCCUUUUUUCUUGCCCUCGAUUCCAUCACUCUCUGGAGAUAUAUUGUUCAAGUCAAAUGAAUCAGAUGAUGAUGAGGAGAAUCAGGACAAGAAUAAAGACUCACAGAAUAGCAUGAAGAAGUUUGAUGCAUUGGAAUCUCCAUUCUCAAAACUUCUCAAGUCCUCAUGGGAUUCGAAACAUUUUUCAGAUUUCACAGAUCACAUAAAAGGUUUAUCCCCAUCAGCUCUCGACAUGGAGCUACGGAUGCUUGAAAUUAUAGAUGAAGAUGCUGAAGAAGAGCUGAUCAAAAGGCCUGAGUUUAUAUCAAUUGGACAACUUCUAGAUUACUUCAUCAAUGAGAUCACUUGCAGAAACAACUUUGAGUUUAUGCAGGCAGUUGUGAAAUUGUUUCUGAAGAUCCACGGUGAGACCAUACGGUGCCACCCUAGUUUACAAGAGAAGGCGAGGAAGCUUUUAGAAACUCAGAGUUUGGUAUGGCAGAAAAUGGACAAGCUUUUCCAAAGCACAAGAUGCGUAGUUACCUUCCUUAGCAAUUCACAGUUUUGAAGAAGCUUAUUAACCAUGUUGCUCUGUUUUUCACAUUUGAGUUGUGUAUUCACAAUGUAACAGUUUUGGAAAAGCUUAUUAACAUAAUCCUCUGUUUUUCACUUUUUUGAGUUGUGUUCACAAUAGAGUCAUAAUUGGUGAA